CUGCUACCACCCCCCAAGAACCGCUUUCUUGAGCCUUUCUCAUCUCGCCUCCAUCUCUUUUGCUGCCAUCUUCUCACCCACCUCCUCCCCAACCUCAAACCUCAAUCUCAUCCUCCCAUCAACCAUCACCAUCCUCAUCCUCAUCCUCGCACGCCCUCGACAUUCAUAGCCGUCGUGCGAUCCAGUGCUCGCCUACGUUUGUCCCUAUCUAUACUGCACACCAGCAUUGCUCUGGUUGCAUACAUUCGCUUGAUUGUGGACUGCCGCGGCGCCUGGACGUGUUUAUUGCAUCGCUUACCCAGGGACUCGGUCUUCAAACAGGCUUUUGACACCUCCCUUCCUCUUCCAUCCCUCCUUGGUGUAACGCCCCUCUACCAUAAUACCUUUCAACAUACAUUUUAACAACUUGUUUUCGACUCCCAAAUCCCUCCCGUUGGGUUACCAAUCUACCUUGACGAGCCGGUGAAUCCAGCUCACCUCCCAUUAACGAGCCAACUCUUCCAUUACUUGCGAAUUGCUCAAUCUCCCCUCUAGACCUCGCAAUGGCUGGUAUGUUCAUAACGCUAAUCUCUCCCACGGCUGUCCCUAAUAACUCAACAGAUAACACCACCGAUUCCGCGGUUCCAACCACCAGCGACCAAAUCACCGACUCGGUCAGCAUUACAACCAUCACCACGACAUCACUGAGUUUGACAACUUCACCAACCACAACCAUCACCAUCACUGAUACCUCGACGACUACGCCUGAUGAGCCUACCACGACUCCCCCACCAGAUACCCCCACCACCAUCACAUCAAUCACCUCGGAACCUCCUUCCACUACCUUUGUCGAACCAACUACAUCAGAGAGUGUCAUCGAUGUGACCACAACCACGACUAUUACACCACCACCUCCCGAGUCUACCACCCCAACACCCACAAGCCCUUCCGUCAUUGUAGUCACAUCAACACAGCACCCUACAACCUCCGACUUGCCAACCAGUCUCACAACUAGUUCACGAACAUCGCCAACUCCCUCGGCCCUGAGCGCAUCGGACUCUGCCUCAGGAGGCUCAGGAGGUCUGAGUUCCGGCGGAAAGAUUGCAAUUGCCGUCAUCAUCCCUAUUGUCGCCAUCGCCGCUGCCUUCAUCAUCGGCUUCUGCUGGUGGAGGAAGAGAAAGAACCGGAAGAACAACGAAGAGUUGCGAAAGAAUGAAAUGGCAGAGUAUGGUUACAAUCCCAACAGUGAUCCGACAUUAGUCGUUGGCGGUGCUGCCUAUACGGACAAUGCUUCCGAAGCUCAGGAUGAGAACAGUGGUUAUCGUGGAUGGGGUGCGACAUCUUCAAAUCGAAAAGCUUCCACCACCCUAGGUUCCAAUGGGCGUGGAGCAGGUGGCCCGGCAAUGUCUGAAAGCAGCAGCCAACCAGGUGGCUAUGCACAUGGCUCACCAAAUGCUGCAUCCGACCAAUACUCCGCCGACCCAUUGAUGAAUGGACACCCAGAAGGCACCGACGGUGUUGGAGCGUUGGGUGCUGCCACUGGUCUAAACAGGAACCGAAGUGGUGCAGCAGGUGUCCGCCGUGGGCCCUCGAAUGCCUCUUCGACUUACUCGGAAGGACAUGUCUCGGAAGUCUCGUCCGACAAUCAGAGCUAUCCUGGCCCCUAUUACCAGGACGAAGUUCCCUACAACAUUUACAACGACGCAGCUCCAAGUCAUGGUCCAUUUGGCGACGGCUCGUUCGGUGGUGCCGGCGGCCAACCCGUGAUACGAGAUGUGCAAGCGAGGAGAAACACUCGUAUCGAACGAGCACCGACAUUCCCUCAAACACAAGGGGGGAUCUCACAGAAUUUCUAAACCAAAGCAUUGAUCACACGAAUCUAGUUCAUGUUAAUGAGGCGUCAAUUUGUCGGCUGGUUUUGUUGGCCGCCGCAUCUACUCAUCGUUGGAGUUGGAAUGGCCCUAGUCAAAGGGAAAGCAUGGUGCAGAUCAUAGUGGUAUCAUUGUUUUGGACCCAGCUGUGCUCACAGGAAUUGUUCAACUCUUGACGAAUUUCUUAUGCGGAAGGUGAUUUGGAUAAAAGUCGGUUAUACGCAGCAGCUGCACCACGUCCGGUCCAACGGUCGCAUGGCUGUUUCAUCCAGCUGCAGAUUGAAUGUCAGAUACUGCGCUCGAAAUGGGUGUGUCAUCUCGAUCAAGUUAUUUGCGUCAAGAAGAGAAGAAGUAUGAGAUACUUUGGUCAACACCGACGACAGUGUUGGCAUCAUGGUUGAGACAAUGUCUAUAUCUCGAUAUCGUGUCUAUAUAACUUAAUUAUUCUCCGGCUUUUCGUAUCAAUACAAUGUACGUGGGUGAGCUUUGGAGUCAGAAAAUGUCAUAGAGUACGCUCUAUUUGGAAAGGGUUUGAACUCUUCAUCAGGAGUGGCCGAUUCGCUUCUAAUUGUUGUGAAGUUGACCACGACCAACAUUGCAUCACUACUUAGGUUUCCAUUUUGACAUACAGAGUAAGGUCCUU